AUGGCUUUGGUAAAGCUUGCUCAAGCUGAAACGUUCCCCGAUGAUCUGCGACGCUUGAAAAAAGGAUUUACGGUAUCGACCAAAUCAUCUCUCCGCCUGUUAUGCCCCUUCCUGGACGACCAGGGCAUGAUUCGUGUUGGUGGCCGGUUACGGCUAGCUGACGCACCUUACGACGUGAAGCACCAGCUGGUUCUUCCUGGAUUCCAUCCGUUCACGAAACUUCUUCUGGCGCAUGUUCACCUUAAGCUGCUACACGGCGGAAAUGCGAUGACUCUUUCGGUCGUUCGCGACGAAUUUUGGCCAUUAAAUGGUCGAAAAGCUGUGCGCAGCGCCAUUAGAAGUUGCUACCAAUGCUGCAAAGCCAACCCCCGUCCCAUCACGCAGCCGAUUGGCCAAUUGCCGAUUCCCCGAGUUACAGCAAAUGAAGCCUUCGUUUGCACAGGAGUCGAUUAUUGCGGUCCUGUUUUCCUUAAACCUACCCACCGCAAAGCUGCAGCACGCAAAUGCUACAUUUGCGUAUUUGUGUGCCUAAGCACUAAGGCAGUUCAUCUUGAGCUCGUCAGUGAUCUAAGCACGCCUGCUUUUCUGAUGGCUCUCGAUCGUUUCGUUUGGAGGAGGAAUAAGCCGCAACACCUAUAUUCCGAUAAUGGAACGAAUUUCAUCGGUGCAAAAAACGCAUUGCAUCAUUUGUACAAGAUGCUUCAACCAGGACCCGACAAUGAUAAGAUCACCAAACAUCUCGCCGAAAACAACAUCCAGUGGCACCUGAUUCCCCCUCAAGCUCCCAACUUUGGUGGCCUUUGGAAGGCCGCGGUAAAAGUCGCCAAGACUCAUCUGGUGCGCCAAAUUGGCUCAUCGCUCCUCUCGUUUGAGGAAUUUGUGACCGUGUUGACUAAAAUAGAAGGAUGCUUGAAUUCACGACCGUUGUUGCCGCUUUCAAGUGACCCAAACGACCUUGGGGCGCUUACCCCAUCCCACUUCCUCGUACGGAACAUGAUUCGUCCACUACCGGAAGCUGAUGUUCGUAAUGUACCGCUCAACCGCCUCAGUCAAUAUGAAAAGCUGCAGAAAUACGCCCAAACCUUCUGGUACAGGUGGCGUAAUGAGUACCUCAAGGAGCUGAAUCUACAGUACAUCACUAAUCCGGACCGCUACCCUAUAAACGUUGGAGACAUCGUCAUCCUGAAGGAUGAGUCCCUUCCACCUGCCCGCUGGCCUCUGGCCCGCAUUCUGGAGACGCACCCUGGGCCCGAUGGCGUGACUCGAGUGGCAACCCUUCGUACUUCAUCCGGCGUGCUGAAGAGAGCUGCGUCCAAAAUCUGCCCUUUGGAAUGUGCCAACGAAAAAUAA